GGAAGCGGAGGGGUGGUGCCGCCAUGAGGGGAGCGGGGCCCGGCGCCGCGCUCUUCGCCUGGGGCUGCUGCUCGGGCCCGCUCCGGGCUCUGCUGCCUCCGGGCCCGCGGAGAGGUUUUGCUGCCACGCUCAUUAGGAAGUCAUAUGAUGUCAGAAGAGUUGAUAUCACUCCCCUGGAGCAGAGGAAGGUGACUUUUGAUACCCACGCGUUAGUGCAGGAUCUGGAAGCCCAUGGCUUUGGGAAGGAGCAAGCGGAGACCAUCGUGUCAGCAUUGAUAACCCUGUCGAAUGUCAGCUUAGACACAGUCUAUAAGGAUAUGGUUACGCAGGCUCAGCAGGAAAUAACUUUACAGCAGAUCAUGGCACAUCUGGACUCCAUUCGAAAAGAUAUGGUCAUCCUGGAGAAAAGCGAAUUUGCAAACUUGAGAGCAGAGAAUGAGAAAAUGAAAAUUGAAUUAGAUCAAGUGAAACAGCAGCUAAUGAAUGAAACCGGUAAGAUCCGAGCUGACAGCAAGCUAGACAUAAACCUGGAAAGGAGCAGAGUGACAGAUAUGUUUACGGAUCAGGAGAGGAAACUGAUGGAAGCAACGACAGAGUUUCAUAAGAAAGAUUCAAGUACCAACAGUGUUAUCUCAGAAAUCAGUAAUAAAAUUGACACGGAAAUAGCUUCCUUAAAAACACUCAUGGAAUCAAAUAAACUCGAUACGAUACGUUAUUUGGCAGCUUCGGUAUUCACUUGCUUAGCGAUAGCACUGGGAUUUUACAGGUUCUGGAAGUAGCUCUAACCGGAAUAACUGCAUCAAAUACAGAUGGAGAAAAGGCCACCCAGGCAACACCAGUCCGAUGAUCGUGUUUGCGCUGUAGAUAACCGUGGUACCUUCUUGUUUUGAUAUUCUUACUGUGCGCUAAAAAUGUUUUCUGGAUGUGUAACACUAAAGAUCAAAACCGUUGGGGGAAAGUAGGCAAAUAGUAAUAUUUCAUUGUCCUCCACUGAAUACUGUAUUUAUUUCAAAGGACUCCUUAUGCUAAAUCAGGAAGUGGUUUAGAAUUAGUUUUGUUUUCUUACGGAACAUUCUCAAUUGAAUGUUCUCACUCUCGGCUCCUCUUGAAAUGGAAAUGUUAAACAUGUGAUAGGCCUUCGAAAUGAGAAUACUGUUCCCAAGUUAGUAUUCCCAACAUGGGAAUAAUAAUGCCAGAUUCCAACAGACCUACUCUGAUCUAAGAAAAUUAGUCUUAAAUAUAGGAUCUGGAUUUUCGCCUUCAGUCCGCUCCUCUCCUUUCUGAUGGAUUGAAGCCUGGCCCUUUGGGGUUUUUAUUUAUGUAUAAACGCACACUCCAAGGCCUUUACUAAAGAAUCCUUUUUUUUCUUGAAAACUGGUUUACAUAAAUUUAAAAUCUCAUGUAGAACUAAAAUGUCUCCAUAUACUUUUAUUGUUUAUUUAUUUUUUUUAAGUAUCUCUUGCAAUUUCUGUAACCCCCGAGGUAAACAGAAUGGGAGAACUCUGUCUUUCCAAGGGAAAACGCCUCCACUCCCAGCUGUGCGUUACAGCCCUGGGGCAGAAAGUGCUCUUAGCGCCUCCGAGCAGGGCAGAGUAUUGCCAAUAAACCCUCCCAGGGUUUCUGGGUGUAGGAUCUGGCUUGUAACGUGGAAAUACUCAGCAUCGUAGUGGUGCCAGCGGGGUGGUGGUCAUCUCCCUACCAUCUCCACGCUCCUCGGGACUGUUCUGUAAUGCUGGGGGACACGCUGACCCCCCCAGCUUCUGGUGAUGACCCCUCUACGUUUUUGCGAGGACCUCACAACUCAUUGCAGAGAUGGGCCGUAGCAGGCGGAUGCCUUCCAAAACGGAAGCAGUUACAUGUUGUCGAGUACAAAUGCAUAUGCUUGGUUUGAGUCUUUUAAUAAAAUAAGAGUUAAAAAUCUUCCUGGAUUAAACUUCUAAGUAAGAGUAGGCCCUUUAUGGGGUAAAGAGUAUUUAGUACUGAUUAGUGGCAAUUUUAUUUUUUUUAUUGCAGUUUUAUUCUGUUUACAGUUGAACCUGCUGGUAUCCUGCUAAUUCUUAUAUUCUGUGCAUUAAAAUAUUUAUCAUCUUUGUUCAAGAAAAUAAAAUUAAUUUCUUAUAUUUGC